AUGGGUUUCGCUGACUUCUCCGCGGAUUCUGGCCUUGCCAUCGCCAAUAUCUACCUGUCCACACACAGUUAUGUUGAGGGAUAUGCUCCUACUCAAGCCGAUGUUGUGACUUAUAAGGCCCUCAAGGCUGCCCCUGAUGCGGCUAAAUAUCCCCACCUUGCUCGUUGGUAUAAGCACAUUGCUUCUUACGAGUCAGACUUCUCUUCUUUGCCAGGAGAUUCCUCCAAGCCUUAUACCGCCUAUGGCCCAGAGAAUGCCGAGAUUCCAGUAAAGGCAGAUGAUGAUGACAUGGACCUCUUUGGCAGCGAGUCGGAAGAAGAAGACCCAGAAGUCGUUGCCGAAAGAGAAAAGAGAUUGGCUGAAUAUAAGGCGAAGAAGGCCGCUAAACCCAAGCCUGCCGCCAAGUCAAUUGUUACUUUGGAAGUUAAGCCCUGGGAUGAUGAAACCAGCUUAGAGGAAUUGGAAGCCAAUGUUAGAGCUAUCGAGAAAGACGGCCUCGUCUGGGGUGCCUCGAAACUCGUUCCCGUUGGCUUCGGCAUCAAGAAAUUGCAAAUCAAUCUUGUCGUCGAGGAUGAGAAAAUUUCUCUUAGCGACCUCCAAGAGGAGAUCGAAGAGGAUGAGGACCAUGUCCAGUCCACCGAUAUUGCUGCUAUGCAAAAACUCUAA